AUGCACAUCAUGCUCACGUUCUUGAAUUUUUUCAGCAAUGAUAUCAUCAGGAAAACAGCUGCAACUCUUCUGAUACAGGAAAAUCUUGCCUUCAAAGUCUGGUUGUCGACAUUACAACACUCGCUUUCCAGACAGGCUGAUCCGUCCCAUGAAUUCCAUGCAGCUCCCUAUAUCUUGCGCAGUAUACAGAUACAGGCGGCGGACUUCUUUGGCGGCAAUUGCUUGGGAUUCGUAAAAUUGAAGGCUGAUGUUUCCAAUGAUAAUGGCGAGAAGCUACCAGGAAGUGUCUUUUUGAGAGGUGGGAGCGUUGGGGUGUUGCUAAUCCUCCAACCAAGCGAUACCCCCCAAAACUCUGAAGCCGAUAAAUAUGCCAUCCUAACCAUCCAGCCCCGUAUACCAGCCGGCUCCCUUGCCUUCCCCGAAAUACCAGCAGGGAUGCUUGAUGACAGCGGCACAUUCGCCGGCGGUGCAGCGAAAGAAAUACAGGAAGAAACUGGCCUAAUUAUACCAGAGAACGAACUUAUAGAUCUAACCGCACUCGUCAAUAGCUUGCCGAAAAGUGGGCGAAAACAAAAAGCAGGUGAAGAAACGGAAGGUGACGAAGGAGCAAACGAAGGAAGAAGAGAUACCAAUGGAAAUGGAGAAAGGUUACAGACAGGUGUAUACCCGUCACCAGGCGGAUGCGAUGAAUUCAUACCACUCUUCUUAUGUCAGAAACGCAUACCUAGGAGGGAAAUUGAGGAGUUACAGGGGAAACUGACGGGGUUGAGAAAAGAUGGGGAGAAGAUUACGUUGAAGAUUGUAAGGUUGGAAGAGGUGUGGAAGGAGGCGUGGCGGGAUGGGAAGAUGUUGGCAGCUUGGGCGUUAUAUUGGGGGCUGAAGGAAGAGGGAAUGUUGUAA